CAAGGAUCCUACGUACCUGUAGUUUCUUCGGUAAGACGAAUAUUGGACCUCGUGAGGUCGUAGUUGUCACCAACUUUCUUGCCUCUAUGCAUGAUGCAAGAGCGUCGAUUUGGUCGAUUUGAAUUGUCGAAAUAGUACUUACUACGAGCAUCUACAACUAUACCGCCCUACUUUCACUAUCUAUCGUUGUACCAUAAAUUCGUUACCCGUUGUUCUUCUAUCCUGGAAAUAACUGUGCGAGCACUCGCCAGCCUUUGAGGCUGAGUUACAGCGAAGUAACGAACUCAUGCGUCAAGUCGUGUCUUCGCAGUUGCAUGUGUUGCAUGUGUAGUGUUACAACUCCUGGGAUUCGGAUUCCACACCAGUUGCUACGUUUGGACGUCGGUCGUGGAGUUAGUUAUGGCGAGGAGCACGAUUGUUCCUUAAAGCGGAUAUUGUCUACUCAGGACGACCACCGCAGUUUGUGCUGUUCCCCAGCACCAUGGCCUACGCCUUGCAACAUCAGCACCCGUCGGUUUCGCGGCAGUCCUCCCGAGCGGCGCCACCGCCCGUGGUUCGACAGAUUUCCCUCCAGACACUAUUGAGAGGAAAAAUCUCCCCUCCCCAUAUUGAAAAGGUAUGUUUCCAAAAAUUUGUGUUGCGCAUUUGAGGUCACAAAUCACAUCUGUCUUGCAAGAAGACAAGGGCAGAAGCUUCCGCCCCAUUACGAAAGCGAUUUGUCAUGCUGUUGGGCCCAAAGGGGGGACGUUUGCCAUGCUGAAAUACUAGACCCAUACGCCCCUACCUAGCCCGGGGAUCUGACCGCAAUGCUUUCCUGCAAUACAAAUCCGAUUUGUGUACUCAGAUCCAGCAUCAGAAAUUUCGUUUUGAUAUGGGGAGGGGGGAUUUUUCCUUUUGAUAGACACCGGGGCAGCUGGUGCAGCCGCGGAUCGGUCUCGGGUUUGACCUAAACUCCCUGCGUCGCAUAUCCUGUGUAAAAAUGUACCCACACCAGAGUUGUCAUGCGACUUUGCCAUGACAGGAACAUUUGUGAUGCGCAACCCCAUGACAGGCAUUUUCAAUCGUGUUUGGGAACUUGUAAUGCUGUAAACAGGAUUAGCAGAUCGAUUUGUGAUGCGGCUUUCCUUGCUACCUUGCACUACCUUACGGACUGAAACUUGUCAUGCGUGACUCACAAAGCUCCUAGGUUUGUGUUGCAAAAUCCCCAUCCUGACUCCGGUGUGGGUACGUUUUUACUCAGGAUAUCGCACCGGCUACAGUCAAGAUGGCGCAACAAGUUCUGCGCACAUGGGACAGUCGCCCGGCGCUACGGGAUCUUUCAAUGCAGGCACCUCGUCAACAACAGCAACCGCGUUGCCGGGAGGCAGCAAGCAGAGCUACUCCUCUGCGACCGCGGUAUACUCUCGAAAUGAAAUAUUUGUUUCUGCAACGUGGAGGAGAAGUAUUCUGAACUUCAGUAGUAUACUUACAGAAAAGGCCGUGCACCUCGUCGUUAGUUUCCCUUUCCACAGGCACUAAGCAUCUGACGUCUCAUUCGCUUCUUCUUGGAGGGGCGAAGAUAAAUGUCUUGAUCUAAAGCGGCCCGAUAAAAUUAGACCACCAACUCAUCUUGCACCUACAGAUGUCAGUCCCUGUGCAGGCGAGCGUCCCACGGAGCGCCAUCAGUCCCGGGUGGGUCCGAGGCACCACUCCAUUAUUGAGAGGAAAAAUCCCCCCUCCCCAUAUCAAAACGAAGUUUCUGAUGCUCGAUUUCCGUACACAAAUCAGGGCUGUCUUGCAGUACAGGAUUGGAGGCAUAUGCCGUGCCUGAGUGCAGAGCUUCUGACGUGGACGCUUAGCAUCACAAAUGCCUAUGCUGUAGCCCAGGUAGCAUCACAAACCGCCCGCAUAGUGCGGCGGAGACUGUAGAGCUGCCUUCUUGCAAGACAAAUGUGAUUUGUGACCUCAAAUCAGCAACACUCACAAAUUUGCGGAGACGUAGCUUUUCAAUAUGGGGAGGGGGGAUUUUUCCUUUCAAUAUCCAUUUGAACAGACACACAACACGAUCGAGAGCACCGGAAAGAGUUCCAUGCCCGAGCACCCCUUCGUUCAACGAAUGCAAAGCGCGCACCAAAUGUCCCAGUUGGCGUACCCGCAGGUCACGCUGUCCCUGGAUCGCAGUGUUCGUCCCCAGGCUGGCAUAAAUCCGGCCACUCCUGCUUCGCAGCAGGUGCAGGUGCAGACAACCACUUCGGCCAGCAGUAGCAGUCGCGGCGGGUCUUUUGUGGACCAGGCAGCAUUUCAUCUGCAGCAGCAGUCGCGGUUUCACAGCACCGGAACGACGUCGACGCAGAAUAGACCCGCAACGGUGCUGACCACGGCGGCCGGCGCCGGAGGUCCUAUGAAGGCCUACACGCCAACCGCGGCGAUGGAGCAGGCGUAUUUCGAUAAUCGCACGAUUAGUGACGUGGAGCGCAUUGAUGUGCGGCUGUUGCAAAAGGACCGAACCAAAGAGGCUGGCACGCCCAAUAGCGUCUUUCGCCGAAUCAGUGCUUCGAGCGGCAUCGGCAGUGCAGCUGGAGUUGGUGCUGGUGUCAACGUUUCGCAAUCUGGUGCGCCGAGCUCCUUGCUAAAGCCGGUGCUGAUACACCAGCAGCAGGAAAAUUUAUCGCAAAGCGCGUCGAAAAAAACGUCCGCACAAGAAACGCUGCUCCGACAACAUGCCGCUUCCCAGCCAAGCCAGCUAGGACGUGGAGGCACGUCCUCUACUUCCUCCUCCGCCGGGCCAGCCACACGAAGUCAGAAUAUACCUGUAGCGGCUGUGGUGUCAGCAACCGAACCUCUAAACACCUCAGACGUGGUGGUUUUGGAGGUACUUGCUUAAUAUUCAGCAAACAAACAUUAGAAUGUCAAUGUAUCGACACGUAGAGCAAACGCCAUAGGGUGCAACCUGUAAGCAUCGUACAACAGGAGGUUUGAUAUGUGAAAGAACUCAUCGGGUAGAUAAAAUCUGGAGCCACAAACUGAAUCUGAAACCAGGCCCAGCAAUCCUCUAUUGCAGCGGACCAAUCGUCUACCGUGAACCUGCUAGAUCAAUUUGGGGUCUCCCAAAGUGCGAGCAAUUUGCACGCUGAUCUCCGGGACACAUCUGGGUUACUACUACACGAUGCUCCUCCGCCGCCAACGUUGCAGGUGAAUCUCACAACCGCACCAGCGGCGUCGCGCGGCUCUCUGCCGCCCCACCGAGCCGCCGCGGAGCCGCGGAUGUCCAUGGAGUCCUCUCCGGAGCUAUGCGAUGUAAAUUUCCUAGACAUGUACAAAAUGCAUCACAAAUGUCGCUACCUUGCAGAGUCCAACUUGUCAUGCUGGACUAGGAUUGAAGGCCAGUUUUGUCAUGCCGAAACUGCAUUUGUACGUGUACGGGAAAUUUACUGUGGAUAGGAGCCUAUGGACAUGAGUUCCAUCCGAGCGAAGCUGAACCGCAUCUACGAACUGGUCGGAAAGCAGGAGAACCGGAUGUCUUGUUUGUCGGACAACGUGGGGUCCCCGCAGGAUUCCAUUUUCGGCCUAGGAACAGCGCCCGGUGGAGCGAUUGUUCCGUCCUCGGUGAAAAAGGGCGCAAAGCAAACCUCGGGGCCCAACUCUCUUGCCGAGGAGGGGGUUGUACAACCAGAUCGGCGAUCGCCGCUCGGGCAGUCUGCGAGCAGCGUCCAGCUCUCCGCGCAGCGCAGUCCCAUGCCAGCAAGGAGCGCGCAGCAGCAGCAGCAGCAGGUAGCGCAACGAGCCGCAGCACACACGACGCCGGGGGCCGGUAGCAGCGGGGGCCAGCACGACAGUCACUUCCAGCAAAACAAUAAAUCGCAACGUGCCGACCGGAGACCGCACCAGACCAUCUCUGACGACCUGCAAUCACGCCCACACGAGAGCCCUCUGCCAGUGGCGACGCCGCAAACUCACAACUCCCAAGCCGCGAACCGCAGGGGAGGUAAAAAAAUAAAAAUGACUUGUGAAUAUUCCUGUAUCUUCGAUACAACUGACAGUUGUAUCACAUCAUACACCCCGCUAUCGCAUGCGCACCAGCAUAUCGAUACUUCGACAUCGAAAAGCGCAAAUGAUGAAAACUACGUGCUGUAGGUUCGACCGUCACAUCUCAAGCAACGGAGCUGGGCACCGUGGUACGCGCGGCUCCAGGGAGCAGUCGCAGCCGAAUCAUCGAGGCCGCUGAAGAAUAUUCGCCCUCACGAAAGCAACUGGAAUUCAACGCGAAUGACAUCUCACCGAUUCCCAAUGAGUACUCAAAAUUGGCGGAAUCGAGCCGCAAGGACUUCGCUGAAGUUUUCGCAGGUUUGCUCAAAUGCUUGGUGCAAAGAUAAAGAAUUACACUGGAUUAUCAUUUUUCAGAUUCGUUGUAGUCUCAGCAGUGUAUGUUGGUUCGUUUAACCGAAGCGACAUCAUAAGCGAAAAACGCAGUGUGGGCGAGGGGGAAGGAGCCCUUUUGCAGCGCAGUGGCUUCUCGCACUGGCUUUUCAAUCCAAAAUUCAAAUUACAGAUCACGUCGGCGAGGACGUAGCAGAAGGCCCGACCCCGAGCCACGAGCAGUCCACGCUACGAUCCUUUCCGAUAGUCGGAGGUAUGAAGCUGGCGAAGAUGGGCGGGGCUUCCUCGUCUGCCUCUCCGAAGGGGCCACCAGAACGGACGCAGUACUUUCUAUCUUGCUGUUGUUGGAGCGGGAGCGAGCUCAGCCGCUACGGCUUGUACGAAGCUCAAAACGCUUGUGCUUCCAAGAUGAAACAAACGAAAUAAUUUUUUCUUGAUUCGCAAACGCGGAUAUGCUAGAAGUUUAAGUUUUGGUAGCGAAUUUUCAUUCUAAUACUACAUACCAGGCAACGUUCCCCGCAUGGGUCCGCUCACUCGCCCGGUUCUUCAGUGGAUGAGGAAUUCCUGCUGAAAAAGUAUUUUUUCAGAUUCUUGUUUAACUACGAUCUAUGGUUUGCCGUUUGCAGAACGAGCGUCAGAAUUCAUAAGAACUGCGACUGGCUCUGCUGCUUCUCUUGUAAAAUUCUUUGUCCACCGAUCAUGCGGAGAACAGGCAUUUUUUCCUGUAACAAACGACUUACAGGAUCGCGUUCCUGCAGAAACACGCGUCGAUGUCAGAUUCCGCCCUUGUCCUGGAGUGUCGGAAGCUUGGGGUGUUAAAGACACUGAAUUCCCGCUCGGAAAUGAUGGAGAUUUUGGAGGAGAAGUUACUGCGCGGCGGCGAGCAGCGACCAGCCCCGGACGGGGGCAACAGGAUUAACAAAACAGCAUCGGUAAUACCGGGGAAGAACAGUAGUGGUGCAGUUGUGUCAGCAACUGCUUUAGGCGGCGCCAAGACAACAUUCGGGGCCUCAAAAGAUGCAGCAACCACUGCAGGUCCUCUCAACAUCAACUCCGACGCGGCGGCAGGAGCUCCUGCUGCGCCGACCACGCCAGUGGACUUGCUGCAAAGGUCGUACGAAGUUCCGUCUACGGCGCCGCCGAAGAAGCGUCCGGGGGAGACACCAACUGCCUUGCAAGGGUCGCUCGGAGGUGGUGGAACAGGUGACAAUUUAUCAUUUCAUCCGGGGAUCAUGUUGCAGCACUCCACUUCUUCCUCAUCAUCCUCCGGCGCGGCAAGAAAUAAAGGAGGUGUGCGAGGAGUCGGAGCCACUCCAGAUCCAGAAAGCAGCAAGCAUCAGCCAUCCGGGGUCAAGGAGAAAUUAUACCGCAAAGAUGUUGAGAACAAGCACAAGGAAGCGGCUUCUGCUGGAGUGGCAGAACGAACUGGUGAGGAUAGUACAACCAAUAGGAAAGUAGAUCCUGGAAAUAAAGACUACGAGGUUCUUCAUCCUGGAACGGCCGGUACUUCUACUUCUUCCAGAGGGGACCAACAAAUAAGACCAACAGCACCGCAAAUAAACGAGACGAAAAAGAUAACUACGGGGACCACACCAGCUGCGGCUUCAUCGGUUGUGCCGCCCCGAUUCGACGCGUCCACGGCUGCGGUGCUGGAGGAGGUGUUCCAGGAAUUCACCGGGGUGCCGGGCAACGCGGGACUCUUGCGCCGCGAACACGCCGCAGAGUGCUGCCUGCAGGUGUACAACACCGUGGCCGAGUAUUCCGCCCGGCCGGACUUCGUGGCUGAUUCGGUGGAGCAGCGCUUUCCCCGGUUUGACUACGACGGGGACGACAAACUGACUUUCGAGGAGUUCCAGGAAAUGUGUGCCUGGUUGGUCGUCGAGGCGGAGCCCGAAGCGGAGCUUGAGAAGCAUUUUGACCCGUGGGACGAUCACGCGGCUGGUGCCACCGAAGAGGACGACGCACAUAUUAAUUCCGAGGAGAUAAAGAGUCGUGGUGCGUCGCAGCUGUACGAGACGCUGCCGCCCCCAGAUCCCAACCGCGAGGUGCUGUACCCGGUGUCUUUCCGCCGGUGGCGCUGCCGCGGGCGGGGUUCCUCAUCUGCGGGCUCAUCACAGCAGAGUACAGUGUAUUCAGCCACGAAAAUCUGCAAAACGCAGAUGUGCCUCCCGCAGGACCUGGUCCGAAAGGAGCUACGCCGGGCCGACCACGCGGCACGCCGCAACAAGAGUUUACUGCCUUUCUCGCACAGGUAUAGUACUACAAGAGCGAUUUGCGUUAUUUGCAGUUUGCCGUUUUUUUUCAAUUUGUACAGGAGUCGCUGUUGAUCUUGAUGUUGUUGUCAUCUUCAAAGAAGCAUAUGAACUUGAUUCGAAUCAAUUGGAUUGCACCAGAGCCGAAUUACAUUUGUCAAAGUAAGUCGGUCCUUCCUCCCAACCACCACGAUCGCUUCGGCGCGGCAAGAGAAAUAUGAUGACCACUUUCCAUUGAAUGUUUGAAUUUGAUACACGUCAGAUACGAGUCGACGUACUCUUACUUCUUGCUCCGGAAGCACGCCGGCGUGGAGUUGCCGGUUUUUUGGACCCGGGUCGAACACACGAACGGCGUCGAGUUCGAGAAUAUGCAUCGCAAAAGUAUCGUACCAAUAGAAAUCGCGUGACAGAAUUUCCUGAGCGUGAGAAAUGGAAUGCGUAGUAAAAAACUGAGCUAGUGACGAACAAGAUGCGGAUGCAUGACUGCGAUUAGUACGAGUGCGAUACUUUUGCAGUGUCGAUAGAGAAGUGGCUUAGCGAGAUCGUGCGCCAGCUCCUGAAAGCAGUUGCCUUUCUGCACCAGGAGCGCCUGGUGCAUGGCAACAUUUGUCCCAGCACCGUCAUCGUCGACGACCACCAGGGCCGGGCGGUUCCCGCGGUUGCGCUCGCAGAAACUGGGCUCACCGCUCUCUUUCGGCAUCAGGUAUUUGAUAGAGAAACAUUUUUUCUUUGUAUAGGGUUAAGUAGUCUUAAUAGUUUUUGAAAGUCAUCAGAGUUCAUCUGGUUCGAAAUGAACGCCGCAGUUCGGCGGCACUGGAGCUGCAGCGCAAGUUUCCAUGAGCAGGGGCGCAAAAUCCGAUACUGGUAAAGAUUGUAUCUUGUUCGUGGUACAACUCAAGAACAACUACAGGAGCAACAUGGAAGUUUCUCGUGUAAAGUAAGAUAUCCACCCUCCACAAAAUUUAGGAAACUUGGGCACUGUCCUCGGGUUUGGACGCGGUUUGCGAAGCUGGCGAAGUAGUACCCCGUGGGGAUCAUGCACCAUCAGGGGACCUCCACGGAGGCACGCCAAGCCGUUUUGACGCAAGUGCCAAGGGAGACAUCUGGUCCCUCGGGGUGGUCUUCUACCAGUUUCUCACCGGCAAGACGCCGCCAUUUUCCCCGUCGUCUCCCUCUGCAGAGCAUGGCAAAUCCGCCGAUCUGAUCGCCGAUCUGAGUCAGUGGUCCAGCUUGAAGCACAUUUCGCCCCUGGCCAGCUCGCUUUGCAGUUUCAUGCUUUCCAAGGACAGUAAAACGCGGCCGAGCGCGCGGCUCUGCCUGCAGCACGAUUGGUUUCGCUACGCGGAGCGGCUGACGACAAAUGGGCCACCGACCGGCUCGCCGACGGCGGACCAGGCGUUUUCACUCAUGAAGCCGAACUACGUCCGCAUAGGAGACCUGGAAAUCCGGCUGCGCGGGGCCAUUCGGGCGAUCGCGUGGGAGUUCCCUUUUCCCAUCCCGAUUGGGGCGGUGGACGCCUGCACCCGGUUUGAGGAGCUGGUGGACUUUGGGCUCUCGCCGGACACCACGGACGCCGUGGCCCAAAUGAUCCCUGGCACCCUUCUCGAAGACCCCAUUUUCGUCCGCCAUUUGAUUGGCGCCGCACUCACCAUCAAGCUGAACGAGCUAGACGAGGUAUGAUAGCACUCCGGAAAUCGUUGUAUACAGAAAAAAUUUUAUUGCUGUACUAGUCGGCUUCAGUGCUACUUCUAUCAAGAAUCGUGAGUACCUACUGUGUCUGGUUCGACAAAUUGUGAUUGACGCUGGAUAUGCUAGUGGAAUGUCACGAUGAUGAAUCUGAGUGUGUGCUGUGUGUGAGCAUGUUGACGCGGUCCCUCUCUCUUUACUAGGUUUUGUCGACGAUAUUCGGUGCCGUGCCACCGUACGAAGAGAUAGCGGUGGGGGAGCUGCUGCAGGAGCUCGAGGCCGUCGAGGUUGAGGAUCUCGACGCCGCGCGCGCGAAUCUGAUGCAGUUGUUGCAGCAACAAGAGAGCCUCGAGGUCCGAACCACCUAUCAGUGGCUGCGGUCGCACAUGUGCUCCGAGCCCACGGGGGAUUCCGAAGAGUUUCAUCUGGGUACUUCCACCGAGCUGUAGCCCGUCAGGGGGGAAGUCAGGGGAGAAGUACCUGCGAGUACUACGAGACGACUGAGAAGCCCGGUAGAAGGAAAAAUGGAGAUAGCUUUUCUCUACGGUCCUUCUCCUGCUCCUGGCGGACGCGGCUGCAGAUCGAUGUUUGCGGCACUUCUUUUUACCUUCUCAUAACAUCGUCGUCCAAGUGUAAGAUGAGUAUGUAUCAAUCUUCUAGUGCAAAAACCAGGAACAGGGAGUGCGAUCGCGGGACAAAUGUGGCAGUUUGCGUUUUCGUACUUCCGUGUACUUCGUGUUGAACAUAAUAAAUUCAACGCGAACAUAGCAACAAUUGGUUCGCUUCAAGUGCGACAUGCUGAAGAGAAGAUUUUUUUCGGAUUCGUUCAAUACCAACGAAAAUUUCGUGUACACUGGCUUUUUACUUUCAAAGGAUGGAUAAAAUCAAAAGGUUUAUUUCAAAGUAACGCUGCGCUUGCAGGCUCGGGCUCGGCUGGGAAGAAUAUAUUUAUAUAGGCAAAACAAAAGCAAGGUAAGAGCUAAUUUAUCACUUCAAGGCAGAUCGAGAUCCAGAUUGAAUUGAUAGAGAGAGCAGGAACCAGGUAUGUGACGCUGAACAGAUACAGAAAAAAACUUAAACUUCAACGUAGUAAAACGUAUCGCCAUUCCACAGAGCCUCGUGAAAGAAGGCAGUUGUAU